AAGCCCUCAGGGCACCACACCUAUUUUGAGGGGCAGGUGCAGGGGACUGGAACUUCAGCUCAGCCUCCCGAAGGAAGGGACUUACGGGUCUGUUUUUCUGCCUGUCAGCUGGGGACCCCACCCUACGACUGUCUCUAUUCUCUUCACUGUUUACUCUUGCUUUCCCCUUUCUCUACGCCCUCCAUCACCACCCCCCCACCCCCCACCCCCCAACCCGCGUCAGUCUCCUGAGCCCUUUUGAGGGCCUGAUUCCCUUCUGGGCACUGGGGGAAAGGGGACGGUGAGAAGAAAGGGGAGACAGAACCCAAGAUUCCCAAGGGAGCUUCCAGGACUAGUCUGAAACUCCACAAGGCGACAGGGUGGAACUGGCCAGACUCUGGCAUCACACAGACCUGGAUUCGAAUUUAAUUUUGCCUCUGACCAACUGCUGAUUUUGAACCCUUCAUCUCUCUGGACCUCAGUUGUCCCCUUUGUGAAAUGGGGGCCCUACGGAGAGGAAGGGAGGGAAAAGUCCAGAAGAGGAGCUGACCUGAACUAGGGGCUUCCCCUCCAACCGCCGCGCCCCUUUCCCAGCCCGGGAGCGCAGCUGUGCCUCCCAGUCCCUCGUCCCUCCGCCGCAGGCUCCUCCUCCACUGACAUCAGAGCCGCAGGCGGGCGGAGGCAGCCAGCAGAGCCCGAGCCGAGCCUCAGCGAGGGAGCGAGCGGGCGGGCGGGCCAGGCGCGGAGCGGCGGCAGACAGCAGCCGGCAGCCAGAGCUCAGCGGCAGCCACUUCGGGCCUUCCAGCCAGCCCCGCGGCGGGGCAGCCGCAGGAGCCCUGGCUGUGGCCAGGGGGCAGUGGGCCAUGCCGGGGGCAGUGGACGGCCCCAGCUGGAAGCAGGUGGAGGACAUUAGGGACAUUUACGACUUCCGUGAUGUUCUGGGAACGGGGGCCUUCUCAGAGGUAAUCCUGGCAGAAGAUAAAAGAACUCACAAGCUGGUGGCCAUCAAAUGCAUCGCCAAGAAGGCUCUGGAGGGCAAGGAGGGCAGCAUGGAGAACGAGAUCGCUGUCCUGCACAAGUGCGUGGACCACACUGUCUCUGUGAUCAAGCACCCCAACAUUGUAGCCCUGGAUGACAUCUAUGAGAGUGGGGGCCACCUCUACCUCAUCAUGCAGCUGGUGUCCGGUGGAGAACUGUUUGACCGCAUUGUGGAGAAAGGCUUCUACACGGAGCGGGAUGCCAGCCGCCUCAUCUUCCAGGUGCUGGACGCCGUCAAGUACCUGCACGACCUGGGCAUCGUACACCGAGAUCUCAAGGUGGUGCUUAGAGAAGCAGAAGGUUCUGCCAGCCUCUGGCCAUCUCUACCUCUUCCUUCCCCUCCACCUUCCAAGCCAGAGAAUCUGCUGUACUACAGCCUGGAUGAAGACUCCAAGAUCAUGAUUUCUGACUUUGGCCUCUCCAAGAUGGAGGACCCUGGCAGUGUGCUCUCCACAGCUUGCGGGACCCCAGGAUAUGUGGCUCCUGAGGUCCUGGCCCAGAAGCCCUACAGCAAGGCAGUGGAUUGCUGGUCCAUUGGGGUCAUUGCCUACAUUCUGCUCUGCGGUUAUCCCCCCUUCUAUGACGAGAAUGAUGCCAAACUCUUUGAACAGAUUUUGAAGGCCGAGUACGAAUUUGACUCUCCUUACUGGGACGACAUCUCUGACUCUGCCAAAGACUUCAUCCGGCACUUGAUGGAGAAGGAUCCAGAAAAGAGGUUCACCUGUGAGCAGGCCUUGCAGCACCCGUGGAUUGCAGGAGAUACGGCUCUAGAUAAGAAUAUUCACCAAUCGGUGAGCGAACAGAUCAAGAAGAACUUUGCCAAGAGCAAGUGGAAGCAAGCCUUCAAUGCCACGGCCGUGGUGCGGCAUAUGAGAAAGCUACAGCUGGGCACCAGCCAGGAGGGGCAGGGACCAACGGCGAGCCAUGGGGAGCUGCUGACACCAGCAGCUGGGGGUGAGGACCAGUGCUCUGUGGAAGGGCAUGGGUGGGAAGAGACAUACAGGCUGGAGUGGAGGGUCUGCUCCUACGACCAAUCUUGUUCUCUCUCCCCAUGUAGGGCCAGCGUCUGGCUGCUGCUGUCGAGAUGGCUGUGUGGAGCCGGGCUCAGAAAUGUCCCCUACUCUGCCCCCCCAGCUCUAGGGCCCCAGAUCCAGGGUCCAGAUCCUUUGUGUGGGAGGGGUUGGGGCAGCCUGCUCCCCUUCCCUCCCUGAAUUGGAGUUACCCAGCCUCACUGCCUUCCCACCCCUUUCCCUAUCACUCCUCCACUGCAUUUUCCAUACAAAUGUUUCUAUUUUAUUGUUCUUUCUUGUAAUAAAGGGAAGAGAUAAAAACAUA